CUACACCCGGAAGUGUCUUGGACGAGCGGGACGCGCCGCUGAGGCCUCACCGCUAUGGGCCGCAACAAGAAGAAAAAGCGAGAUGGCGAUGACCGGCGGCCGCGGCUCGUUCUCAGCUUCGACGAGGAAAAGCGGCGGGAGUACCUGACAGGCUUCCACAAGCGGAAGGUGGAGCGGAAAAAGGCAGCCAUUGAGGAGAUCAAGCAGCGGCUCAAGGAGGAGCAGAAGAAGCUCCGGGAGGAGCGCCACCAGGAAUAUUUGAAGAUGCUGGCCGAGAGAGAGGAGGCGCUGGAGGAGGCAGAUGAACUGGACUGGCUGGUGACAGCAAAGACAGAGUCAGUGCAAUAUGACCACCCCAACCACACCGUCACCGUGACCACCAUCAGCGACCUGGACCUCUCCGGGGCCCGGCUGCUCGGACUGCCCCCGCCUGAGCAAGGGGCUGGGCGAGGGUCCGAGGAGGAGGCAUCAUCCGUGGAGAAGCCGACAAGAGCCUUGCCCAGGAAGUCCAGAGACCCCCUGCUGUCCCAGCGGAUCUCCUCUCUCACGGCCUCGCUGCACGCACACAGUCGCAAAAAGGUCAAGAGGAAACAUCCCCGCCGGGCCCAGGACUCCACCAAGAAGCCCCCGAGCGCGACUCGUACCAGCAAGACUCAGCGCCGCCGGCUGACAGGCAAAGCCCGGCACAGUGGGGAGUGAGCCCCAGGAACCAGGCCGGGCCCCAGCCUCGGCUGCAAGGGCCAGGCCUGUCUCAGCUUGGCUGUCCUGUCACCCAGCCUGCACCCAGGUGAUGACGCCACAGCCCAAGCUUGGGAGGCCAGCACCUCUCCAGCCUGGGGCUUGGACUCCAGAAGGCGCAGACAGCCAAGAGCUGGCCUCCCCCAGGAGGAGCCUCCAGGGCCAAGUUUGGGGCAUCUUCCCAAAUGUAUACCCCACCAGACCUUCAUCAGAUUGGUGAAACUAAGUGCGCUUGCGGUUGGUUUGUCCCUGGCCCUGAUGCCGUGUGCCAAGGGCAGGCUUCUGGGAGGUGGAAACUGCUGGGGGGAAACUCACUCUCCAGCAGUUCUCCCUGUGGGUACGAGAAGGUAGUGCUAGGUCCGGGCCCCCGACCCAGGGGGAAGACCAGUGUCACCCCUGGUAGAAUCCAGAGUCUACCUGCUGCUCUGGGAAGUGGGCAGGUGGGUGAGCAGAGCCAGGCUGUGCCUUUUACCAGCUGAGACUUAGGGCUGGGCCCUUCUCAUUGGCUUUAUUGGCCUCCUCAGAAAUCUGUCUCGACUCGUCUGCAAGUCUGGCUUUUUCAGAGCCCGUCAGGAGGCCAGCUGGCAUGAGGGCUGCCACUUCUGCACACUUCUCCCAGGUGAACCUUCAGGUGUGGUUUCAGAGCCGUUGAAAACCAGCCUUGUUGCUUCUUUGUCCAGCUUGUGAGUGACUCACCUCUUCCACACCCUGCUGUUCUCCUGACCGAGCAGGGCUAUUGGCAGACUCCAGGCCCACCUGUGGCAGGUGGACGUGGUGGCAGUGUGGACCCCCGGAGUGCCUGUUCUGGAGGUUGUCAGGCCCUGCUUGUGCUGAUUGACUCCUGUGAUUCUGGGCCAGAGCACAGGAAUUUUGGGUUGAGCCCUGGUUAGGGGAGCCAUGUUGGGCCCUGAUGCUGGGACUGCAAAGGGGAGAAGGAUGAGCUCUCUGCCCCGGUGAAGCUCACGGACCAGUGAGUGUGUGUGAGAGGAACACUGGUACCGGUUCUGCCCAGCCCUCAGGGGUUGGAGGCUCCUGGAGGAGAGGGAGCAGGGACCUGGGAUCUGCAGGGCAGGCCUUCCCCUCUAUGGAGGGCCUGCCAGGAGCAGCCCUGGCCCCCACACUGGGCAGGCGCUCUCCUCAGUCACCAUCAAAACCCUCUGUCUGGUGCUGUCCGGUGGCUGAUGCAGACCUGAGGGCCACACCUGGCUGUGGGAACACGAAGCUCAGGGCUUGUGGCUGGGACGCCCUGUGACCUGGCUUCUCCAUUCCUUCCACCUAUUCUUCCUGCUGCCUUUCUGUUGUCCUCUCCGUGCUUGGGGUGGGGUGCUUUGCCCUGCUUGGUUGCCUCCAUCCAGGGCAGAGGGUGGGGCCUGUUACUGGGCUGUCCAGGUGGUGCUGGUACUCAGCCCAGGGCGGUGAGUCUCAGCCGUGACAGGCCCCUGUGAGCAGGAGCAGAGCUGGGCCUGGGGGGUCUGUGCACACAGGGGUUUGAGUCCUGGCUCUGCUGCUGGCCCACUCUGAGCUCCUCACUGCUGACCUCACUGGGGCUGUUUCCCCAUGUGUAAGGAGAUGUAAGACACCUACCUCUCAGGCCUGCCCUGAGACCGAAGUGAGACCAUGUUCAUGAAGCUGUGGCUCCUGGCAUUCCCGGGGUGCACUUCGGCAUGUGCCCGGCUGCUGCUGACCACUGAGACGUCUGACCUGGCUCUGUCCUCCAUCCCCAGUAACAUGGGAUCUUUUACAAUUUACAUCUACGUUUGUAAUAUUUACUAGUAUUAAAUUCUCAUCUGCCCUCUC